UUGAACUCGGAUUAUGGAAGAAAAAUGACAAGAUAACAACUUCAAGAUGAUGUCUCGGGCUGAUUCUCGGCUUAGUAAAGUCAUAAUGAUUCUUUUAUGGAACCUGUGCGUUAGUUCAGAAAGUCUUAACGGCAAAAGCAAUUUAACUAUGUUAAAUGAAUUCUUAGAUAGUAAAUCAAUAGACCUAAAUGAUUAUCUCGAAAGAGAUACUCUUUAUAAAACGCGGAAUGAAGAAAAAGAAAUAAUUAAUAAUACUGAAUAUAAGGAAGUAAAUUCAGAUAGUAUAAGAAACGAAAUUAAUGAUAAAGAUAAAAUAGUUUCAAAUCGAAGUGAUAUAGAAUUUGCAAGAAUCAUGGCUGAAGAUGCAACGACAGAAGUUGACAACUAUUCAACAACAGAAUGUCCUGGAGAAGAGGACUAUUGUAAUAUGACGAGAGAGGAGUAUGAGGAAAUGCUGCAGGAUUACAUAUUUCCUAGACCUUUCGAAUGGGUUCUUAUAACGACGCAUGCGAUAGUGUUUGUGAUUGGGUUGAUCGGGAACGCUCUUGUGUGUAUCGCGGUGUACAGGAACCAUUCUAUGAGAACUGUGACGAACUACUUUAUUGUGAAUCUUGCGGUGGCUGACUUCAUGGUGAUCUUGAUAUGUCUGCCUCCGACAGUGUUGUGGGACGUGACAGAAACAUGGUUCUUCGGCACUGCCAUGUGUCGAAUAGUGCUGUACUCUCAGUCAGUCUCCGUGACGGUAUCAGUCCUUACACUGACGUUCAUCUCCGUCGACCGUUGGUACGCCAUCUGCUUCCCGCUGAAGUUCAAGUCUACCACGGGCCGCGCGAAGACCGCUAUCCUGAUCAUCUGGCUCAUCUCUCUGUUGUUCAAUGUGCCAGAACUAGCAGUAUUACAAGUGAAGACUCUCUCAAGGCCGCUGAGAUUCGACAUGCAUAAGCAAUACUUCAUGCAGUGCUCAGCAAAAUGGUCGGACGAAUCUGAACUGAACUGGAACAUAAUAAAGGCGGUAUUCCUUUACACGCUUCCAUUAUUCCUGAUGAUGAUCGCCUACUGCCAAAUCGUGAGGGUGCUGUGGCGUUCAGACAACAUCCCUGGCCAUUCGGAGUCCCACCAGCUAUGCACAACGCCUACUGGACAGAAUAACUGGCUAGCAGCGAAGCGGCGCACAACGCCAUCUAUCCACGCUAACGCGUCAACAGAAGGGCAGCUGCGCUCGCGCCGCAAGGCCGCGAAGAUGCUCGUGGCCGUUGUUGUCAUGUUUGCUGUUUGCUACUUCCCCGUGCAUCUGAUUUCAGUCCUUAGAGUGGCGUUCAACGUGCAACAGAGUGACGUCAUCACGUGCAUAGCGCUCAUCUCACACGUCAUGUGCUAUGCCAACUCGGCGGUCAACCCCCUCAUAUACAACUUCAUGAGUGGCAAGUUCCGUCGCGAGUUCCACCGGUCGUACUUCAAAUGCUUCUGCUGCUGUCACGCCCCGCUCUCCCCAGACCGAAACGGAACAUCCUUCGCCCCCAUCGGUAGCUCCCGUGCUGGCACAACCCGCACUGUCGUCCGUCGAAACGACUCAUGCGCGUCCUACCGCCUCACACACCUCUCCCCUUCCAACCACAACAGCAUCAACAGGGACUUAAGAAACACCACCUCCUUCAUAGAACAAAUCAACGGCAGAAGACCGAAGCUAAGAGAUGACUCCAUCAGCGAAGCCACCAGAUUUACACUAACCACAGACGCUUGCAGAGAUUGACGACCGAAUCUAUUCUGCAAGGAGGAUGGAAUAGAAACCUACAUCGCUAGGAGCACCAACAGCAUCGAUUGCAAGCCGUACUACGAUUGUUUCAAAGAUAAGAAAUGUUACCUCAGUGAGGAGAGGCAUAGCGAUACAUAUACUGAUUAUCGCGAAGAUGAUAAUGAGUGGAAGGAACUUUUCACUGUUAAAGAUACCAAAAACGGGUUUACCUUUAAAUUUAACCGUAGUCUUAAUAGCUGUCAGAUUAA